AUGGCCACUCCUUCCUCGGGCAGCAACGCCCAGGGACGGGCCAUAUCCAACCCAUACCCGCCCACAACCCUUGAAUAUCAAUACCAAAACUUCGAGCAGUGUGUUCAUGACAUUGAAUCAGCGGCAACCACUUUUACAGAUGGUUCGCGAGCUGAUGGGCCGUGGAUUGCUUUUUACGGUGUUGAUGAACAUGCAUUUGACGAGAUCCGCAACUCUAACCAUGAGCUGCUGACCAUAUGUACAAAACUCUUCGACCCGAAUACAGAGGUCCUCGUUCUGAAAAUGGAAUCCCUUUGGCACAGUUCAACCGCGAUGGCGGUUACAAGAUGGAUAGACCAAAAGUCAUACUCCAUGAAAGUCGAUUCCGAGCUACUCUUUACAGGAACUGCCAACUAUAAACUUAUCCAGUUUGAUGACAACGGGCUCCCUGUGAUGUCUGAGGGAAUUUUGCAAAUGAUCCAAAAAAGAGCAGAUCAAAUGAUCCACCCAUUCACCGUUGCUCCCUCUCGGACAAUGAAAUGGCCCACAUUGGUCCUCGAAGUGGCCUACUCCGAAGCCAGAGUCAAGGUCGAACAGGAUAUGAGGCUAUGGCUUCAAGCUACGCAAGGGCAGGUCAAGUUUGCAAUGACUGCUUCGAUACAGCCGCGGAGCAAGCGAAUCACACUCGAGCAGUGGGAGCUGCAGCAUAAGCCCACUGAAGAGCACCCGGACCGAGUUAUCGCAGGCCCAGUUCAAAAAAUGUGGAUUGAAAAACCAAGAUCGUCCGGUCAGGAUCCUACCAUCGGUGGGAGGUUUGAAAUACCAUUCAGAAGUCUUUUCCUCCGAGAUUGCCAAGGUAACGAGCAUGAUUUCCUCAUGACUCAUGAUGAUAUUACAAGGCUUGCUAGAGAUGUCUGGAGGAUCGAAACAAUUCUCACAGCUGAAAACCAGUAG